AUUACAUCACAGAGGAUUCUUAAAAGCAGAGUGCUUGUGAGAGGGGAGAGGUUAAAAGCUCUGAAGAAGCAAAUAUUUCCUUAUUUAAAACCUCAGAUCCCUCUCCUAAUCCAAUCUUUAAUUGUUGUGAUCGACUCUCAGCACAAAAAACUCCCCUCUUGCGUCUGUUUGAUUAGGUUCAAGCACAGCCCAUUGAGUUUGCGAGGGAUGGCGUGUGACGGAAUAUAGACAAACAGGAUCCAAUAAGAAGAAGAAGAAGAAGAAAUUAUCGGAUCUCGACGAACUUCAUCACGAUAGCCAUGUCGAUUUCAGCACUUCGCGCAAAGCACCAACAAGACUUGGAAAACAUGACUCUGACUUCACAACCUUUCAAGACAUUAAAACUUUUCAUUUUCGCUGUCAGACAGUAUCUUAAACGGUCGAUUGCAUAUCUUUUAUCACAUUUCGGUUUACUGGUGGUGUUGAGUGCUGCUGCUGUGAUCCCCAGUGUACUACUAGUGACUGUUGAUGGUCCACAUGAGAAGCAUGUUGAGGAAGUUUUACGUUAUGUGCGAUUUGGGCUGUGGUGGGUGGCCCUUGGUGUUGCGUCAUCCAUUGGACUUGGAUCUGGAUUGCACACUUUUGUACUCUAUCUGGGACCUCACAUUGCUUUGUUCACUAUAAAAGCCAUACAAUGUGGCCGAGUAGACAUCAAGAGUGCCCCGUAUGACACGAUACAAUUGAAAAGUGGUCCUUCAUGGCUUGGAAAAGAUUGUGCCGAAAUUGGGCCCCCUUUGUAUCCAUCUACGCAUGGCGUAAGGAUUCCCCUGAGUACCAUAUUGCCCCAGGUUCAGUUAGAGGCAAUUUUGUGGGGCCUUGGUACUGCACUGGGUGAGCUCCCUCCAUACUUCAUUUCGAGAGCAGCUCGCAUGUCCGGUGGUACAGUAGAUGCUGUGGAGGAAUUAGGUUCCUCAUCGAAGGAAGACGAUGGUUUUGUAUCUGCUCAACUUGUUAAAUUCAAGCGCUGGUUCUUGUCCCAUGCACAAUACCUAAACUUCUUCACGAUUCUAAUUCUUGCUUCGGUACCAAAUCCUUUAUUCGACCUAGCAGGAAUAAUGUGCGGGCAAUUUGGAAUUCCUUUCUGGGAGUUUUUCCUUGCUACCAUGAUCGGCAAAGCAAUUGUCAAGACUCACAUACAGACGCUGUUUAUAAUCUCCGUAUGCAACAACCAACUUCUUCACUGGCUGGAAAACGAAUUCCUUUGGGUGCUUAGCUUUUUGCCGGGUUUUAGUUCAAUCUUGCCAGACCUUAUUUCCAAGCUUCACUUGAUGAAGGAGAAGUAUUUGGCCACCAAACCUCAUGUUCCUUCGGAUGUUGAGGUAAAAAAAUGGGAUUUCUCGCUCGCUUUUGUUUGGAACACUGUCGUUUGGAUAAUGCUGCUGAACUUCUUCGUGAAGAUUGUGAAUGCAACUGCACAACGGUACCUAAAGAAACAGCAAGAUAAGGAAAUAGCCGCUUUGAAGAACAAAUCGUCCAAGCAGUCUUGAAUAAUUCAUCUUCAUGAACUUCUAUUAAGAUUUCUUCUUUUUAAUUUUUAGCCCUUUUUUUUCAGAUUACUUACAUGAUUAGAAAUAGGGGCUAGAAUUUUAUCACUCAGGUGAGAUUUACACUACAUGGUCACCUUUGAAGCCCCGCGAAAAAAAAAAUGCAAUUUGUAAGUCCCCAUUUGAAACAUGUACAGAAGGAAAAACAAUUGUCAGGAUUAUUCAUUAAUAUUUUUGAAGGGAGGGCUGUAUUUUUUUUUUCUAAGUAGAAAAUGAAUGUUAGCUAACAUAAAAUUGUGAAUCUGUAUGUUUGAUCAUUCGGUCAACUUUAGGUAGAACUGGUGAAUUUGAAUUUUAAUAUUUUAUUUGGGUCACCAGGUACCUAACUUGUGGAUUUGAUGCAUUAUUCACAAUUUACGUUUAAAA